AUGAGUAUUAAUAAUAGUAUUGUUACUACACCCACUAAAUCAUCAGCAUCAUCACCAACUGAUGGUACAUCAUUAACACCAUCUCCAUCAUCAUUAUCAACACCUCGGAAUAAUGUUAGUAGUAGUAGUAUUACAACACCAUCAUCUACAACAUCAUCAACUUUAUCAACUCCAUCCACUCCAUCUUCAUCUUCUAGAAUGACAACAAUAGUUUCAUCAGCUCCUAUUAUUAAAAAACUACCAAAACAUUUACAAGAUACCUUAAAAUCUGGAACUAAUAUAUCAUCACUCUCUGAUUGUAUUAAAGAAUUAAUAGAAAAUGCACUUGAUGCACAAGCCACUAAUAUUGAAAUUCAAUUACAGGGUAAAGAAUGUAUCAUUAUUAAAGAUAAUGGUCAUGGUAUUCAUCAGGAUAAUUUUGAAACUCUAUGUAAACGUUAUUAUACUCAUAAAUUUAUGAAUCAUUUUAAUACUUUUAAUGAUAAUGAUAAAAAUGUAAAUAAUACCACUGAUAAUUUAAAUAAUAAUGAAUCAUCAUCUAAUAAUCAUUCUCAUAAUAAUAAUGAAAAUAAUAAUUAUUACUAUGGAUAUAAAGGAGAAGCAUUAAAUAGUAUAUGUAAUUUAAGUAAACAAGUACAUAUUAAAACUAAAUAUGGAGAUGAAUCUGAAUUAGGAACAUAUUUAAUAUAUGAUACAAGAGGUGAAAUUGUAUCUAAAACAUUAAUUAGAAUGAAUAGAGGUACAAUAAUAACAAUUCAAGAUUUAUUUUCAACCAUUCCAGUUAGAAAGAAAUGUUUUGUUAAUCAAUUUGAUUCACAAUUUACAGAUUUAAAAGAAAUUUUAAUUUCUAAUAAUAGUAGUAGUAGUAUUAUUACACAAUCAUCACCUUCUUCUUCUAUUAUGAAUAAUAGCAAUAAUAAUAAUGAAAGUGGUAAUCAUUAUACAUCUAAUUAUAGAACACCAUCACCUCAAUCUAAAAGCCUUAUUACCACUCUUCAUAAUAGUAAUCAUUCUAAUAAUACAACAACACCAUCACCACCUAUAUUUAAUAAGAGAAGUGUUAUUGUAAAUAAUAGUGGUGGUAGUAGUGGAAGUGGUAGUGGUGGUUAUAGAUCUACUAUUAGUGGAGGUAGUAAUAGUACAUCUAAUUAUAGUACUAAUAAUAAUAAUAAUAAUAGUAGUAGAGGUAGACAUAUAGAAUUAGAUGAUUCAUUAUUGGAUGCUAUGGAUGAUUUAAUAGGUUACAACCCAUUGAUAUAA